AGUGAACUGGAAAAGAAAACAGACACACUUCCUGCUCACAUUUUGGUGCAGUAGAGGUCCAUGGGCAGAAGCAGAAUGGCUCUUGAAAUUGCACUGGGAACUCUAAGGGGUCACAUGGUAACUGGCUACCCCGGUGGUGUGGUGGGGAGCAGCCCUGGGCUAGGAGCUUGAGGCUGCCCUGGAGAGAGAACAAUGAGUCUGUCCCCUGGGCCUGGCACCAGCUGGUCUGAGGACAGAGUGCCUCAGGCAGAUGAGCUAAGGCAAAGAUCUCAAGGUGAGAGUGUUAGAAUUCCAUUUCCCCAGGUUUACUCCAUCUGGAGCCUACCAGGAGUUGGGAGAACACGAAAGGCUGGGCCUGCAGAUCUGAGAGAGGCUUUCUGGAAGAGGACAGAAGCUCACUCACAGACAGUGGAUGGCCCGAGGGAUGAUAACCAAAGAUCCACAUGAACGAGGAAAUUUUUAUUAUAAUGACUGUUAUGCACAGUUUUGACUCACUGGAGUGAGCUGGGAAAUCCCAGUGAACUCCUCACUCCUCGGUGUCACUCCUCGGUGUAGGGCCUUGGUGUGACAGGGCCAGGUGUGGCUAGCUCACCAGAAAAGAACUUAAGUCUCUGCUCUAAUCUGUUAAUGCUGGCCCAUAAAUCUUAGGAAAGCAUCUGCGCUGCCCUAACUGAAAACAUCGGAGAUGACGGUGAGAGCUUUGGGGAGCGUUCCAAAACUCCAUCUGGGGCUGUUAGAUAAAACCCCUUUUCAUGUCUGAAAGGCCCCAAGUGGCCUCAAGUGUUGGUCCCUGGUGACGGGCAGGUGGUGAGCUGUUGGGCGGUACCUUGGCGAUAACGCUAGCUUCUAACUGGUUGGGAACUGAAACGUGUUGCAUAGCAUGGCUUCAGCCCAACCAGCCAGGCUGGGCUUAGACACACUAACACUCUUGAUCUAAGGACACUUAGCAAGUCUCCCUAAAGAACGCCCUGCUUACACACCACCACCGAGACAUUGGCACUACUAGUGGAAGGCAGCAUGGCACCAUGGCAUGGGGCAUGUAGAGACACUAGGCCGUCCCCCCUGUGACAGGAGAAGAUGAACAGUUAAUGCCAGGCGAGUUUCUUAUUUCUCCCUCUAGACCAUAGGCUCAGGAGCCCUCAGAGAGGACUUGGGGACAUACUCAGUGUCCCGAAUGGUUGGGCCCCCUGGCCUUUAGUCAGUCGGUCAGAAUAUCGACUGGAUGUCGUCAGCUUGGUUAUUUCAGUCACGCUAUUGACUCACCUGAGGAAGUUAUUAAGACAGUUGGAAUAGCCUGAUCGGCUCACACACUGAGUGACCACAAAGCUCCAAGAGGUACACAGGCUCCUUGAGUCUCCUCACAGGACCUGAGCCAGUUCCGAGAGCGGCAAGAUUGGCUGUGACAAGACCGCCAUGGAUGCGCAGACGCUGAAGAAGAGGAUCAGCAGGACAUGUGACGAGGCGGCCCGUACCAUCCUCAACAGCUUACUGCUUUACAUCUUGGACCACGCAGACGGGCCCCAGAAGGUGGAGGACAGGACACACAGGGCCAACCACCCUUCCCAACUCCAGGAGGUGGGCCGGAGACCCACGCGUUUCCAGCUUCUACAGGCCAAGUUCAUGGGCACUGGCCGGGAGCCCCACCUCAAGAAGACCCGGGACGUUGGCCGGCUGAUCUCUAAAGAUAAGCAAGGACCUGGUAGGAGUUUUGUAAGCGCCACUAUCAACAAACUCCUGGAAAAGACCAAGGAAGGAGGCAGAAGCACCAGCCAGAGGACCCCUGCCAGCGAGAAGCCCCGGUGGAGCCCCUCGAGCGGGAAGAGCACUGUGAAAAACAUCCUGAAGAAGUUCCUGGCUGCAGAAGAGAAGGAGGCUAGGGAGAAGGAAGCGGGCGAGAAGUCCCCUGCCCAGCGGCCCGGAACUGCCAGGGGCCUCCUGCCCAGAAUUGUGGGCCGGAGCUCCAUCCUCUCCAAGCUGAAGGAAAGAUUCGAACAGAACAGCUGCCUGUACUCUGAGGCCGGCGUGCUGGCCCUGCACAAGGAAGGACUGAAGAGCAAGAACCUACAGAAGAGGAAAGUGCACAGGCCACAGGUACGGAUACUCCACGUGGCCACCAUGGCUACCAGCUGUACCAGGAUCCCCCCGGCCCAGUUUCUGGCCUGCACAGCUGAGCCCCUGCCAGCCCUCAGCAUUGCCACCAUCGUCUGUGGCCCCCAGAGCUGGCUGUCCCACUGUGCAAAACUUAGUCACUCUGAGUGCAGACGCCGGCCCCCCGGGGGGAUCAUCACACCACUCUCCGACUCAGAAAACCUGGAGCCUGUCAGAAACAAAACACAAGCCCUCGUGAAUGAAGAGCGCACAGAGCACCCUGUGUCCUCAGUGCCCCAGGUGGUGGCUGGCGUGGACAGUCGCAUGGCUCUGAACAUGGGUUUCUCUGGCACGUCUAUCAAAGGACACGCUCUGCCUGGUCAUGAACCAGUGUUGUCCUCGCUUGGACUGGACAGCCCCAGAAGUCCUGGGCCAGUCGCAAGGGACAGAACAGCACAGCCCGGUACACAAGAGGUGUCAGCUGACACCCAGGGAGUGACAGAUAAUUCAAGAGGGGCCCCUGAAAUCGUCAUGACUGUAUGCAGCUCUGAGGACGAAGCCGAAAGGACGCCCUCAGGCAUGGAGAGAGAGCCCUUCUUUGCCAUCCAGAGGCACCUGCCAGAACAGGAAUCUGUGACUCGGAUCCCUGUCCUGGCCCCCACAGCAGUCCAGGCUGAGCGUCGAGCACAGCCUGCCAUCAACCCCCCACAGAUAACAGUGCAGCUUCCCAUCGUUCACGAGAUGCCGGCCUCUCCCGGUCCCGAAGAAAAAUGCUCUCCAGGUGUGAGAGGAGAGGUCAUGGCUGAAAAUGAACAGGCGGCAUCUUCCACUGUGAUCGAAGACAGGAGGGGUCCCCGAGACCCAUCAGUGCAGAGUCAACCCUGUAGCUUGCCCAGGAGUCUCCAUCCUGUAGCUCAGCGUGGACUCCAGAAAGACCUAAGAGAUGGUGCCCAUGCGGGUGAUGAUGCCUCACAGAGGUUCCUAAUACCAAGCCCUUCCAAGACGUUUCCCGGUAGGACAGAGGAAAAUAAGAACCCUGUGAAGUCACAUGACCUCAAGAAUUGCAGUGGUGAUGGCCCCUCGAUGUACCCCACUGCUGAGAAAAGCUAUGCAGGAGUGGGCCCCUCCUCGGCCACUGGCUUCCAGCAAGGGACAUCCAACAUGGUGCUGGUGUCAACCCAGGACUGCAUGAGGCCUGACGGUUCUAUAGCACCAGGCAAGAACAUCCAGUUUGGACAGGAAGAGUAUCCAGGGUCCCUGAACAAGUUAGCUCAGCCACCAAGCGUCUCUUGUGAAAACGCCAACCAUGAUUUGGACAAUAGCAGCAGCAGCCAGCCUAUUGCAAGCCUCGAAGCCUCUGGGAAGGCAAUAGGGACUGCCGCUGAUCUCACAAGACUGCAGCCAAGUAAUACUCAACACCCUGAACUCAAGAUAACAGCAUGGCCAAUGGGUACUCAGGAUGCUGAACUCAAGGUAAUGCCACAUACGGGUGAUUCCAGGGAGGCCGAAUACAAGACAGUGCCACAGACAGGUGCUCAAGGUGUUAGACACAAGCAAGUGUCAUGGGCAAGUGGCACCCAGAACAGUGCGCACAGACUCACACAGCCACCUGUGUCCCAGGAUGUGGAACCCAGCCUAAUGCCACACCUCGAUGCUUCCCAGGCGCCUAAGCACAAGGAAACACUGUGGCCAAGCAGCGUCCAGAAUACUGACCACGAUACAACACAGCAAGAUAGGACCCAGGACACUAAACUGAUGGCACUGCGGCCAGGUGGUGCCCAGGAUGCUGAACACAAGACGGUGUCACAGGCAAGUGACACCCAAGAUGCUGGACACAAGACAACCACAUGGGCGGGUGGUGCCCAAAACACAAGACGGAAGAUCUCAUCACAGCCAGGAGGUGCCCAGGACACCAAAUACAAGACACUGACACAAGCAAGUGGCAUCGCAGACACGGAGCACAAGGUGACUGCACAGGCUGCGGAUGCCCAGGAUAGAGAAGAAAGCCCUGAAAAGAAGACAUCACCGUGGUCAGGAAGUGUCGAGGACUAUAAAGACAAGAUAGCACAGGGACCCCACAGCCAGCCUCCUUUGGUGUCAGGCAGGUCCCCGAAGCACGAGAGUAGAGCCACUGAAGGAAGCAUCAUCUCGGAAGACCUGGUGCAGACCCAUCUCCUAAGGUCGGCAGCCCCAGCCAUUCUGCCACAGGAAGCUGCCGGUUCUCGCCUGGUGUCUACUAAGUCUCCCCCAUGUGUUUCAAGUGAGCCAGGGAACAAGAUUACAGCAGCGGAAAGAGACCCUCUGUGCACAGCAUCUCCAGAGCCACACACGAAGCCAGCAGAGUAUCUGGACCACCCACCGCUGCCCUCCCUGGGUCCACAGGCACUGGACAGAAAGUAUCCUGAGAGAGAGCAACACCUCUCUAGUGCAGCGCACGCCCCUUUAAGGCCAGCCACAAAGGGAGAGACCAGGCAGGUGGAGCUAGCCCACGGUCCAGAGCCUCCUGUCCCCACCCAGAAGGCAGUGCAUAGGUCUGCCCCCCAGGCAAAACCCUUGGGAGGUAAAGCCAAAGAGAGGCUGCCAGCACAGGUGGACACGGGCAGGCCACAGAGACACCUCGGAUCAGAGGAAACUGGUCCAGGACAUGUACGAUCACACCAGACUGGACAGUCAGAUGUGCUGUGUGUGGCAGAUCCACAAGCAUGGGCUUCUCAGGACCCAGUAGUGAAUGAAAAGACACCAGUGGAGGAGAAUCCCUGUCAGCACAGGAACAGGGCUCAGAAGGAUCCCUCAAGACCACUGAAGAGUCUGGGAAAGAGCCCAACUCAAGGAGGAGGAGGAGACAGCCUCCAGGCCGGCAAGAAUCUAGCUACUCCAGGGCACCCUACAAAGCCCUGUGACCUGCGUAUGCAGAAACAGACCCAGGGUCAGGGACAGGUCAGCCACCCAGUACCUCAGGCCUGGGAACAACCUGACAGCACGGCUGAAGGAAUACUGACUACCUGCACAAGUUGGGAGCCUCCCAGACCUGGCCCCACAUUUGGCAGUCAGCAAAGCCUGGUUUCCCAGCACCUGCCCCAAGAAAGCCAGACUCUGGCUAGUAGUAGGACCACCAUCGGCUCCUUGGAGAACACACACGACACUUCCUGGCUCCCAUCUGAUGCUGGAGGCCACCCACUCUUCCAAUCCCUUGCCCAGGAUGGGCCCCCAAGAGCCCCUGGGGCAGAAAAGGACCUAUCAGACCAUAAGCAUAACAGGUCGGUGCACUUUGCAAAGUAUCGUGCCCAAAGCUUUCGGGACCAGAAGGCCUUCGAUCUGUCCUUCAGGCCCACAGUCCUCAGGGCCAGUGACACCUUUGAGCCUCCAAAGUGAGAGCUCAUCUUGAGCCAACAUGUCUGUCUCUAACCGAACAUGACUUUGAGCAUCCUGCCCCCUCCCCGAGAGAACGUAGACAUUAGUGUCUCUCAUUUCUUCUCCCUUCAGAUGAACCAAUCCUGGGGAUGCACGCAGAUGGUACUUGUGCAUGUUUGAGGCAGCUGUGAGACCUCUCUAGAUGAGGAAGGUGUUAGCUCUCCAAGGCUGUGGGCUGCAGCCCCUUGCCUUCACAGGACCUUGUGAUGUCAGCCCAGCAUUGUGACUUGGAGGACAUGGAACAUUCACUCCUGUCUUGGCAGAAGAGAGAUCAGUGUCAUGGGCUGCCCUUACGAUGUUCUCUGGCCCUCUGCUCCCCAGAGUUUCCCAACUAUGUCCCGGCCUACUAUGACCUAUGAAAGGCAGCGCCUGUGACCUAUGACCUGAACCUUGCAUAUGCAGGAAGUGCGGUGCUUGUCUAAUCCACGUCCCACCCCUAAGCUGGUACCAGAGUCUUGCUGAUCACGGCAAGACUUGGGGUCGCAGACUGGCUUGUCUCCUAAGCAGACAUCGGGAAAGAACCAUAGGGAGCCACAGGAGGCUUUCCCAACACUGAUUUGAGGCACACAAUUCCAAGCAUGCUUUUGUUUAGCACUGGGUGACGAUUGAAACACUGUCACUUCUACUGUCCCUGUGACUACCAGGAUCCCCAGUGGGGUUCAUGAGGCAGCUCUCCUAUCCUGCUGUCGGUCAAGUUACAUGGGGUUCCAGUUGUUUCCAGCUGCUGACUGCACUUCUGUCUGGAGCAUUUGCUGUCCUGAGGCACGCAAAGACAGUGACAGUCACCCACUGAACCUCAGCUUGGGAUAGUCUCCAUUAAUGUCUCACAGUGUCCCGGCUGCCCUUUGGUGUGUCUACUGUAUCUAGACCAAACUGGACACUUCUGAGCAGGCUACACCUCUUAGAGCUCUGGCCGUCAUGCCACCUGACUUGUGGGGAUGCUCCACAGAACCACAGAAGAGCUGAGGUGGUGAUUAGCACCCCAAGAUGCUCUCCUUUGGGUGACUUCCUCUCAGAAGAGUGGCAUCUGACCUUUGAAGACGUACUAUUCGGUUUUGUCACACUUGAGAAUCCCCCCACCCCCCGAAACACUUUGCCUGCUCUGGCGACUGGCUCUCUAUUCUCUGGGACUCCCUUUGUUUUCCAACUCAAAUUCCAAAACUAGAAUGUCCUGUCCCAUUCCAGAUGAAGUUGACUAUGCUUCCCCCUCACCCCCAGCUCAGGGACACCUGAGUGGCCACAUGGGCCAUUGCUCAGGAACCUGAGCCCCUGGUCAAGCAGGAAGCAUGAGGUCUUUGUGUGUUGAGCACAGCAGGAGUCUGCUCUACAGCUUCUGUGGUCACUACGUGCUCCCUCCAUAGGAGGCAGUGCUCCUUACCCUUUUCAAGAGCCUUUCCUGAACACAGGGCACUGUCCCCUUGUGUCCCAUGUUGCACCUCUGUGGUCAUUUCCCGUAUCCUGGGGUCCUGCAGAGAUAGACGCCUCGGUGUCUGUUUUUCAAGCCCAGCUAAUAUUGGAGGACAUGGAGCUGUGGGGUGCAUAGUUCCCUACCCUCCCAGAGUUGCUAUAAAGCCAGCUCCUAGGGACUGUCAGACAGAAGGGCUGUCCCAGCAGAGGCCACAUCCCUCCUCAGGCCUUUUUGGCAUUAUCAGCAACAUCUGCUCAUACCAGGGGUGUAGGAAAGUGGCUCCUGUCCUUGAGAUGCCCAGGUGGCUCCCACCAGACAGGUGCAAAACCAAUUUGCUUGUUUUCUUUCUUUCCAUACUUUGAUAUCAGAUGACAUCAAAAGCCUGGUGACCCACAGAGGGGUCAUGCUCAUUGGAAAUCCCUUCAAGGAGCGCCAGUAGGAGGGCUUUGCUGAAGGUUUGGCGUUUUGUUUUUUAAGAUGGAGUACUUUUGCAAACAAGAACUUUCAAACAGGCCUUUCAAACGUCGUGAGGGGGGAGGGAGUAAGGACCUUCCGCUGCUCCCGACUGGUCACACAGCAGGACCUUUGCCAGUAGAACAGUACGGUCAGCCUGUCCCUGUACACAGGGCUACUGUGAAGUCGCCUGUGCCUUGAGGCUGAGGGAGGCACAGCCCAGCUCAGAGUUCAGAAAGGCCGUGAGCAAUUAACCACAGCGCUACUUGAAAUCAGAGGAAGUCCCUGCUGCCAAGUCGAAACUCAGUCAGCAGAGAGCUCACCACAGCGUCUGUCAGGCAGACCACUGUCCUGCGGGGAGAGACCCUCAGUGCUCUCAGGUUGGAACAACUAAUGCCCAAGGUGGUGUGCAGAUCAUCCCCCAGCAGACCCAUAAAAACCAGCUCCCCACUCUUCGGGCCAGUUAAGGCUCCACCACUCGCUCACCAGGCCUUGCUGCUGCAGGCUUUCAAGGCACCGUCCACAGAAUCCUGCCAGCGGACACAGCGCACUGUUUAAGACACGCCCUUGGGACUGCCACUUUCAGAAUCGUGCAGAGGCAAAAGCACUUAACUCUUUUAAUCAAAGAUCUCACUACCAUUUUAGUUACGUAUCAACCCGUGGCUACCUGUUAAGUUCUGUCUCUAUUUCUCUUUGUAUAUAAAAACUCUAAAAUGGGAUUAGUCAGAAAAAAAAUAUUUUGGUAUAUUGUUUCCCUUGAAUGUGCACUAACUUCAGAUAGCUGGAAUUUUGUAAAAGGAAAUAAAAUAUUUCUCCCAUUAUAAA